UCGACUGCGACACAUAAUACGAGCGCUCGGGGCGUCACGAGCUUGUACGCUGCACAUGUUCAAAUGAUUGACGGACUCGGAAUCGGUAGAGAUAGCUGUCCCCGCGCGUUCGACUGGCUUGAGUACCUUCCCGGGCGGCCUCGACCUUCAGGCAGCUUGUUCUUGGCCGCAUGCAUUGCGUGGUACAUAGCAGCAAACUAGCGUGCCAGUGACUUUCAAGUUCGCGAACCCCUCAGGCUACCGUGACCUCGGCCGGGGUACCGUGACUAUCACUAGAACUCAGGACCCCCGCCGGCCAAGCCUGCUGGUAGACGCAGUAUGAGCCUUGUGUGGCCUAAGAAACGGGGGGGGGCGUGUUGUUCCAAGGGAUGCCUAUUCGGCCGAUUUGGAGUAGUCGGCAUCGAGAUACAAGUUCGAGAUACAAGUUUAGAUAAGUUUGUAUCUUGCAUUGAAUCGCAGCGCAUGGAUAAGCUGAGUUCAGAUUCAAAGGCAGGCGAACUCUUUGCUUGGGGGUGCAAGAAACACACAAUACAAGUCCUACACGAUUUUAAAGAUAUAAAAGUCGAUGCGCUGCAUGGGAACUACCGCCAAGCAUGUGUGCUCAGUGAGGUGCGCUUAGGCGGGGGGUGGGGGCAUAAUCAGUUGAAUUAUAGGGACGCGUAAUCAGCCUAGACGGGGAGGGAAGCACUGCUCAUAAUGAUGUUUUAGCUCAUAUUAAGUGUGUCUCGUUUGGAGAGACUCAUUCGCUUGCAGUCGACGACAAGGGAUCCAUAUGGACGCAGGGAUCUGGUGCGUCAUCCAGCUAUAUAUAGGUUUGCAUACAUCCAUAGGGGGAAGUGGACAACUCGGGCUUGGUGCGACAAAGCGAGUGGAGGACGCGAGUAAAAGUUGGGUUGAGGUGAGUUUUCUCAGUCAGCACCGGGUCAUCUCGCUUAGCUGCGGAUCUCGUCACUCGGUCGCUGUGACGUUGACUGGGGAUGUCUACACCUGGGGCCGAGGUUGUGAGGGGCAAACCGGGCACCGAUUCACAGAUGACAAUCAUUGCAACAAAUCUGAUCCUCACGUGACCAAAUUUGCCUGUUGGAUUGUCUGUAACCACAGAUCACGUGUAGGCUCAACGCGCUGAAAUUCAACUGUUACCAAAACUUGUUGUAAUUCCAUCGCAGCAACACGAACCAGCGAAGUUCACAGCGUGUGGACCAAAUUUCACGAUUAUCUUAACAAGAAGAGGCGUACCCUGGGCGUGGGGAGAAGGACGCUGUGGUGAGCUUGGCGUGGGACUUCGCAUCGCCAAGCAACCCACACCAGCGCGUGUGUGCUGGCCUGACGAUGCGUCUAAGUGCGAAUUUGUGACCUGUGGUUGGGCUCAUGUACUUGCGUUUGAUUCCAACUGCAAGCUAUUCUCGUCUACUGCCGUGUGAUAUAGCUUAUAUGGCAUUUCGUGUAGACAUGGGGAAAUUUAGGUGGGGAUUCAAUCGAUUUGGCCAACUUGGAUUGGGUCUGUGUGUAUCGGGUCAGAACUCGAAAUCGGUCAUAUCCACAUACACAAUCUCACCUCGCCGUGUUGUACAUUUCCCUGGUUCAGUGGCAUUUGCUAAUGCUGCAGCGAACUCCUCUGCAGCAGUUAGAGCAGAAGAUGGCAUGCUGUUUACCUGGGGUUCGGGAGAAGCAAGACGACUGGGUCACUUUCUAGAAAAAGGCCUCAACACAGAGCACGUCCACUGUCCUCGCUCAGUCCCUGGUUUGCGUGAACGAUAUGUUUCAAGUGCCACUUUGACUGAAACUGGUGGUUUUGCCUUUGUCCCAUCCUCAGUAAAUUAUGCAGAACCAGCUUCCGUACCAACCAUUGGAGGAACUAAGGUUUUGUUGUGGGGUGGUGGAUUUUGGAAAUCAUCUGGCUGUGUUGUGAGGUUCACUCCCCUAGAUGAGGGGACCUUGGCAUUGGAGACCCGCCCAAGGUCCUCAAUUGGUAAAUAUGUGACCCCAAAGGGCGCACGUAUCGGUGCCGGCAAAACGGGCAUUCUUUGUAGAAUGCCCCGAUUUACUACAACGCGGUUUGUUUUUGCUGAGGUUGCCAUGAAUGGCAAAGACUUCACCACAAGCCGCGUCUGCAUUCGUCUCUACGAUAAUCCAACUCUUGCCGCAAUUAAGCCGGUCUGUUGUAGUUCCACUGAUGCUCAUGACGUUAUUAUCAUUGGCAAGUCCCUUCUUGAAACAAACGAAAUCAAGGUGCGAUUCAAAGAACUGGGAGGUCAGCAUCGUGAAUGGAUUGUUCCGGCGAAAUUGACAGCACUGUGCGACAAGAAUGAUCCACUUGACACUGCAAUACGUUGCAAAAGUCCUUGCAUUUGUGAGGGCAAUUUUCCAAUCCAAGCCCGGGUGGCCGUGGCCUUAAAUGGAAGUGAUUUUGUUACCUUGCUAAAGACGACAUUUAUUUUACACAACGCGACAAUACUGAGUCUCGCCCCAGAUUGCCGGCCAUUACAUCCAUCCACAACCCCCGAUGCAGUUAGCAUUUUGGGACAAUCAUUCUUUGAUUCCAACAAAAUGUCGGUUAAUCUAACUCUCCAGGGCAACAGUCAACGAGGAUAUUUUUGCCGCCCUCGGUAUGUGAAUAAGAACACCCUUGCCUUUACUCCACCAUCAUUAGCUGAAAUUUCGCAGUGCAUUCGGGGUCACGACUGCUCAGAUAUUGUGACUGACCAUGACAUUGCCCAAGCAGAACAGACUACUUGGACAUUCAUGUUGAGACUUACACUGGAUGGUGUUUAUUUCCUUAAUAAAAGUUUGUCGCUUGUGUUGUACAAGCAAAUCGGUCAAGGUGACACCAAGGAGAUUUCGUCAAUGUGCGGACCCUUGACUGGCGGCACCCGUCUCUCGUUGCAUUUUCCUUACUUAUCCCCGGCUCCAGUAUUAACGUCCUUUACAUCAGCCGUUGUUAGACUUCGCCCCAAAGACAACAAGUCAGCGCAUAUUGAGCCAACAAUUGUUUCAUUAAAAUGCAGCAAAGCUGGUGAGUUUUCAUUUGAAACCCCAGUUAUUGAUUCCGGCAGUAUAGUGGUUUCCUCAAAAUCGGAUACUUUAGUUGAGGCUUUGAAAUCGACCAACGGUGAUGCAUCUUCACAUUUCAAUCUUCCAAUAGAACGAUUAGAUAUGCUUGUAGAGGUAGCACUGGACGGUCAGACUUUUGGCGCACACUGCAGCACAUGUUUCACAUACUAUGGAACGCCGGAGGUCACAGAAAUUAAGGCAACCCAGUAUGAUGCCUCUAAUGUGCCAGCUGCCGCAGCAGGGGUGGAUAUAAGUAUUUUUGGUCGGGGGUUUUUCGAAACUGGUCUUGUAAAGGUCGUUUUGAGAAGUUCUGUAGCUCCGAUGAGACAUGCAAAGACCCACAUUAUUGAUGCCGUUUGUACGAGGGGCGUAGUUGAGUUUGUCAUGCCUAUUUUGCACCUGUUUCAUGUCGCUUGUGAGGUGAAUCCUCCCCAUUCUCACAAGGAAUGCAAACACCGGCUUCUUGUUGAGAUAUCACUCAAUGGAGGUUUGAACAAGACAUCAAAUAGCAUGUACCUCGACUAUUUGUUCACAUGCUAAGGAGCUCGUUCAAGUUGCUUGUACUUUCUACUUGCAUUGGCCAAGUUGAUAUCCCCGACACAACAAUUACAUUACGCCAUUAAAAUCUCGAUUAAUCAA